AUGUUCGUGACCUUCUCUCUUUCUUCCUGGUACUUGUCAACCGGAAGAUAUUGGCGGAAGCUCUAUAGGCUUCUCUUAUCAUUAUCUAUCUAUCUAUCUAUCUAUCUAUCUAUCUAUCUAUCUAUCUAUCCCUCCUACUUUUUUCAUAUCUAUCUAUCUAUCUAUCUAUUCUAUUUUUUCAUAUCUAUCUAUCUAUCUAUCUAUCUAUCUAUCUAUCUAUCUAUCUAUCUCAGACUGUUAAUAUCUAUCUAUCUAUCUAUCUAUCUAUCUAUCUAUCUAACCCUCCUACUUUCUUCAUAUCUAUCUAUCUAUCUAUCUAUACUUAUAUAUAUUCUAGUUUCUUCAUAUCUAUCUAUCUAUCUAUCUAUCUAUCAUAGUUUCUUCAUAGCUUUUCUUUACAUCUAUCUAUCUAUCUAUCUAUCUAUCUAUCUAUCUAUCUAUCGAUCUAUCUAUCUAUCCCUCCUAGUUUCUUCGUAUCUAUCUAUCUAUCAAUGUAUCUUUCUAUCUAUCUAUUCUAAUUUGUUCAUACCUAUCUAUGUAUCUAUCUAUCCUAGUUUUUUCAUAUCUAUCUAUUCUAGUUUCUUCAGAUCUAUCUAUCUAUCUAUCUAUCUAAGUUUGUUCAUAUCUAUCUAUCUAUCUAUCUAUCUAUCUAUCUAUCUAUCUAUCUAUCUAUCUAUCUAUCUAUCUAUAUCUAUCUAUAUUCAUGUUCAUGACAUCUAUCUAUAUAUCCUAUUUUUUUCAUAUCUAUCUAUCUAUCUAUCUAUCUAUCUAUUCUGGUUUCUUCAUAUUUAUCUACCUAGUUUUUUCAUAUCUAUCUAUCUAUCUAUCUAUCUAUCUAUCUAUCUAUCUAUCUAUCUAGGUUUUUCACAUCUAUCUAUCUAUUCUAAUUUCUUCACAUCCAUCUACAUAUCUAACUAUUCUAGUUUCUUCAUUAUCUAUCUAUCUAACAUAGCUUCUUCAUAUCUAUCUAUUUUCUUCAUAUCUAUCUAUCGAUCUAUCUAUCAUACUUUCUUCAUAGUUAUCUAUCUAUCUAUUCUACCGAUGCAGGAGGUCCUGUCACAAUCAUAUAAAAUCUCUGUUCCUGAAGCCAUGACAUCUAUCUAUCUAUCUAUCUAUCUAUCUAUCUAUCUAUUUGACUUUCUUUCAGUCUAUGUCAUUCUCUUCAUAUCUAUCUAUCUAUCUAUCUAUCUAUCUAUCUAUCUAUCUAUCUAUUUAUCCUCUGACGUCAUAGAGUCCACUGAGACUGCCCUUUUCUGUCUAUUUAUCUAUCUAUCUCAGUCUGUUCUUAUCUAUCUAUCUAUCUAUCUGUCCGUCUAUCUUGUAGUAUCAGUAUUGCGACCCUAA